AAUGCACAGAGACAUGUCAGAACUUUAGGACUUCAUCCCUUUCUUUAUUUUAUUUUGUUUAUUUUAUGCUUUGCUGGCAGUAACUUUAUUAUGGAGUUGGGAAAGGUUCGUUUGAAUCUGAGGACAAUCCUGCUGACAGUGAUGAUGUUUAAAUGGGGAACCUUCUGCAGAGCCACAUCAGACAAGUGUUUGUCUGCACCCUGCCAAAACGGAGCCACUUGUGUGGACACAGACAAUGACUACGCCUGCAUCUGCACCAGAGAUGGUGUGCAGUACAUGGGAAAGCAUUGUGAUGAAUUGUAUGAUGCCUGCUCCUUUGCUUUAUGUAAAGACUGCACCAGCGUUCCUGGUACAACAGAAUACCAUUGCAUUUGCCCGGAUGGACUUAUGGGUGACAACUGCACGGAAGAAAUUGAUGAAUGUCAGAGCAACCCUUGCUUUGAGCCUCGUUCUUUGUGCGUAGACCAAAUGAAUGGAUACUUCUGCAGGUGUCCUGCAGGGUAUGGAGGUCAGGACUGCAGGACACAUGUGACUGACUGUAUUGACGAACCCUGCAAGAACAACGGCAGCUGUGCCUUACGACCAGAUAGUUUUGAAUGCCUCUGUGCGCAGGGUUUCUCGGGCAAGACCUGUGAAGAAGAUGUGGAUGAAUGCUUAUCAGAACCUUGUCAAAAUGGUGCUAUUUGUGUAGAUGGAGUGGCAGAGUUCUAUUGUUUCUGUGUGCCUGGUUUUCAGGGUUUCAACUGUGAAAUCGACAUCAAUGAGUGUGCUUCACAGCCGUGUGAGAACAAUGCAACCUGCAUCAAUGAGAAGGACCACUAUGAGUGUGAGUGCCUGGAAGGCUUUACAGGAGUCAACUGUCAAGCUGAAUUAAAUGAGUGUGAGUCCAGCCCCUGCCAGAACGGAGCCACCUGCCAUGAUUUGAUCGGCAUGUAUUCUUGUGAGUGUCCGCCUGGAUUUGACAGCAUCAACUGUGAGGUGGACGUGGAUGAGUGUGCCAGUGAGCCCUGUCAGAAUGAAGCAAUCUGUCGCGAUAUGGUGAACAGCUACACAUGUGAUUGCAGUAACACAGGAUUUGAGGGGGACAACUGUGAAGUGGAUAUUUCUGAAUGUGCCUCUGAUCCAUGCCAGCAUGGUGCCACAUGUUUAGAGGGCGUCAAAGGAUAUACAUGCUUAUGUUGGCCAGGUUAUGAAGGACCCAGCUGUGAAACUGAUAUAGAUGAGUGUGCUGAAAAGCCAUGUGAGAAUGGGGGGGAGUGUUUUGAGCGCUCAGAUCCCUCUUCCUGGGAGUUGGAGCUUAGCUUUGGAGAUGCAGCUGGAUAUAUCUGCCAGUGCCAGCCAGGUUUUGCAGGGGAGAACUGCUCUGUAAACAUUGAUGAAUGUGAAUCUGAGCCCUGUCAUAAUGGAGGCGCCUGUAUGGAUAAGAUCAACGGUUACGUCUGUGCAUGCCCUGUUGGCUUCUUGGGUAAACUGUGUGAAUUGGACGUUAAUGAGUGUGAAAGUGAGCCUUGUCAGAAUGGUGGGUGGUGUGAAGAUGGCAGCGCAUCCUACACAUGUCACUGUCCUGAACCUCAGCCAGGUGAACUGCCUUGGGGAGGUGAAAACUGCGAUGUUAAACUGUAUGGAUGUGUUGGCCACAAAUGCCAAAAUGAGGCCACCUGCCUUCCAAAAAUCGAAGAUGGAAAGCACGGACACGAAUGCUUGUGUCCUCACGGGUUCUAUGAUGACCAUUGCUCCACAAGAACAACGUUUUCGUUGCGAACCCAUGGAUUCAUCCACUUUCAGGUUGCUCUGAAAGAACGAACCCGCAGGGAGGUUGAGCACCAGGAUCACCAAGGUUUUGGGGUACAGCUUCGCUUUCGGACAACAUUGCCCAAAAUGCUGCUUUUCUUCAGGGGGGAUAUGGAUAACUAUCUCCUUCUGGAGGUUGUUAAUAAUGGUCUUCAUGCAAAAGCCUUUUCUGAAGAAUCGGAAAUGGAUGUAACGUUUCCAGAGCCGGUUGGUGAUGGAGACUGGAGAGAUGUUCAUGUGCUUUUGGAUACCAAUAGUCUUGUUUUGAUUCUGAGAGGCCCAAACUGCCAAGGGCAUAGGUGCACGGUUACAGAUGGUAGUGCAGAAGAACCUCCAUUCCAACCCUCUGAAGCCUUUGCUAAUGUUUAUAUAGGCGGAGCACCAAAUGAGCUUUUGCAGCUCUCAAUGAGUGGAGAAGGAUUCACUGGAUGUAUUGAAGACCUUUUAGUUGACUCAAAAUAUAUCCUACCCCAAACAUUUCCAGGGGAUCAAAGCUAUGAGUUGGGGUGUAGUAAGACUGAGUGGUGUAAGCCUGACCCUUGCAAUGGACACGGACACUGUGUGGACCUCUGGACCAGCUACCAAUGUGACUGCUAUCGUCCCUUUUAUGGUGAAAGUUGCGCUGAAG